AUGCCGGCGUUUCCGUACCUCGCCAAGGCUACGAUCAAGUACAAGAGUCCACACAAGCAAGACCUCACCUUUGCCAAAGGUGAGACCAUCCGGGUCACGGGCGUAGCUCCGAAGACCGAGCAAGAUGACGAAGAUGAUGACGACGACGAUGAUUGGCUAGUCGGAGAGACGCUCGACGGCACUAGAAGCGGAAUCUUUCCUGGCAGCUUUGUCGAGCCAUCUGACGAGGCCGAGCAAGCACCAACGCAUGAGGCGGACGCCAAGAUUGCUGAAGCCACGUCGGCUUCUACUGUUCCCGGCGCCAUCCCUACCGAAGUGCCGGACCAGCUCAAGAGCUCUGUGGUCGAAGAGCCUCCCUCGCACCAAGCUGAAACUGUGCCCAAGGCAGCCCGAGAAGCUGCUCAGAAGGGCGAGACAGAGCAGGCUGGUUUCGGCGCUCCUUUGCCUCCCCGCCCACCUUCUCCCGACGAAGAUGAAGAUCAGGUUGCAGAACCAAUUGCAACACAGGCCAGCUCUGCACAGACUGUAACCGGUGCAGAGACCGCAUCCGAUUCAACAGCAGGCGCCGGGGAUGUCCCCAAGGCUGCUGCAGGAGGAGCAGCUGCUGCUGUAGGAAUCGCGACUGGGGUUGCGGCAGCAGCUGUUAUGAGCGAUGCUCCCAAAGCGGAUAAAGCCUCUUCCAUCUCAACGUCGCCGGUCAAGUCUCCUCCUGCAGUGGCGACCAAACCUGCUGGAAUGUCAAACUCCUUCCGCGAUCGACUCGCCGCAUUCAACAAGCCAGCGGACUCGGCUCCUCCACCGCUUCCCAAAGGUAAGCCUGGCGGAUGGAAGAGACCCACACCCGCGUCGACCGAGGCAAAGCCCUUGAUUCCGGGAGCACCAGCACCCGCUUCAAGCGCCGCUGCCUCCAAGCCAGCCGCGGCCCCUGCCACGCAGCCAACCGAGACCAGCGCGGCACCGACUUCCUCUGAAGCUUCGAGCGGUGGUGGUGGUGGUGGAGGAGCUUUCAGUGCUGCUGACGCGCAGACGAGCAUCAAGAUGAGCUUGAAGGAAAGAAUGGCUGCUCUUCAACGUAAUGAAGCUGCUGCUGCCGAGUCGGCUCCACAGCUCAAGCCCAAGCCCUCAGUACCCGGCAAGAUUGGAGCCGAUCGUCGCAAUGUCGCUAUGCAGGGCAUGGGGCUCGCUCCAGGAGCUUCUGUGCCGGUGCGAAAGUCAAGCGUCGAGUCUGGCAGGAGCACGGACGAGCCUGUCGGCGAGAACCCUCCGACCCGAGAAGGUUCGGGAGCAGACACAACCGCCGUUCCUUCCGAGGAAGUGGGUCAAGAUGCUUCUGCUUCUGCCACGAAAGACGCUGGUGCAGUUGAAGAGCGUCAAGAGCCGACGAAAGAGUCUGGCGAGCCCAAGGAGGAGCUUACAGAAGAGGAGCAAGAGGCCGAGCGACGUGCAGCCAUUGCAAAACGUAUGGCAGCGCUUGGAGCUCGUCGCAUGGGUGGCGCACCUGUGCCCUUUGGAGCACCCGCGCCUCCCAACCGCACCAAGACGACUUCCAGCAUCGGUUCCGCCGAGGGCACUACCUCUGAGCCAGGCAUCGCUAUUCCAACCGAGUCUCCAGCCCAAGCAAGCAGCCGAGAGGCCAGAGAGGAAGCCGCUCCGACCACGUCUGCCGCUGCAGCUGUCCCUGGCGAAGGCGAAAAUGCUGAUAUUCAAUCCCCGAUCAGCGGGGAAGCUGACGAGGAGCCGAAAGUGCUCGCAGUGCCUAGGAGAACGGCUGCUCCGCGCAAGCGGAAGCCAGUGGCACAGACCGCCGCAGUUGCUGCCGGUGCUGCAGCUGUUGAAGGCGAAGAUCUUGCCGGAGGCAACGAUACCGCUCCACCUGCUGGUGCUGCUCCAACCGCCGAUUCAGUGACAGAUCACUCGGAAGUUGCUGCGGCUGACCCAGACGAGCCAGCUCGCGCCACCACCGAAGAGGCGGAGGCAGCUGAAGCGGGCCUUGAUGAUGAAGUCGGGCUCGACACGACUGCCACCCAUUCUGCGGAUGCCAGUCACACCCAGGCAUCGGUGGAUGUUGCCUUGCACCAGGAUGCAACCGGUGAGCAGCUCGAGGACAGUGACCCGGAAAUCGCAGAGACUCAGCGACAGCUCGAAGAGUACUUGCGAGGCGAGGGCUUUUAUGAGGAUCAGGUCGAGGCCCCAGCUGAACACGAGCCUGAAGCUGCGUCAGCCGACCCUGCGGCUCCUGCCUCCGAAGCUGAGCCUGAACCGGUUCCUGCCCAGGAAGCCGUGCCCCGCGAAGAUGUCACAUCUCCAAAACCACCCAGUCGCCCAGCAAGUACUCGCCCACCUGUCCCCAGGACAAGCCUUCCACCUCCCCCCCUCGCGGCUGGCCAUGACGAUCCUGUCGCGGCUCGUGUGCAGAGCCCAUCGGUACCUGCCAUUCCAACGUCCCUGUCGCGCCCUGCAAGCGUGCUUCCUCCAGUACCGACAUCCGCUCUACCUGUGCCGGUGGAGACUGCUGACGAGGAGACCAAUGAUUCAGAGCCAGAGACACAUGAAGUUCAGCAAGAGACAGGUCCUGUUCUGGCUGCCCCAAAGCCUCGUAUGGCCGUCGCCACGGAAGAUCCAGAGGACGAGGAGCUUUUAGCUGCUGCCGACACGCCAGCUACCACCGAAGAAGAGCACAUAGAAGCAUCCGGUGCAAUUGCCGAGGAACUACCGGAAGAACAAGAGCUGACGGAAGAGGAGCAGGAGGCACAGCGACGUGCUAACCUUGCUCGUCGCAUGGCUGCCCUGGGCGGUCAGCGAAUCGGCGCCUUCCCCGGCAUGGCUCCACCACCGAUCAUGGGCGCACCCAUGCCUGCUAGAAAGGCACCUGUGCAGGCUGCUGAAGAGACCGAAGAUGUGGGUAGGGAGGCUGAGGAGGGAUUCGAACAAGAGAAGCCUCUGUCUCCCAUUCGAGGACCACCACGAGGUGGAAUGGCCAUUCCUGGGCUUACUGCCGUUCCUGGAAUGAAUGCCGAGCAGGCUGAAGGCGACGCACUGGAGAGAGCCAAGUCGCCCGGUGCUGCCAGCGUCGAUGCACCCGCACGUCUUGCAAGCCCGCCACCGGUGCCUACCAGUGUGCCGUCCAAGCCCACCUCUCCACCACCUCCUGCUCGACCGUUACCGACAGCAGGCAGCGGCGAGUCGACGCUUCCACCCACACUUCCACCUGGUCGACCAUCAAGUACUGCGCCCAUGCCUAAUUUGGAUGAAGCGAUCCGCUCUACUAUCCGCCGCCGCUUCCGGUGA